AUGUCCGCUAAUUCCCAUCCUCCUAAUUCCCAAAACGUCCUCUGUAAUGCAGCCGCCGGUGCCGCCGCCGGGGUUUUCGCGGCUACGUUUGUGUGUCCUCUCGAUGUUAUAAAAACGAGGUUUCAAGUUCAUGGUCUGCCAAAGCUUGGCGAUGCUAACAUCAAACGUAGCCUAAUAGUUGGGAGUCUAGAGCAGAUCUUCAAGAAAGAAGGGAUGCGUGGCUUAUACAGAGGUUUAUUUACAAUGUAUGACCAGCUCAAGAGCUUUCUUAUUUCAAAUGAUGCUGACCACAAACUCAGCGUUGGUGCUAACGUAAUGGCUGCCUCUGGUGCUGGAGCUGCUACUACUAUUGCCACUAAUCCUCUUUGGGUUGUCAAGACCAGACUUCAGACACAAGGAAUGAGAGCGAAUAUAAUGCCGUACAAAAGCACACUGUCUGCUUUAAGGAGAAAAGGUUACGAGGAAGGAAUCCGCGGACUGUACAGUGGUCUUGUGCCUGCACUAGCUGGUAUUAGUCAUGUUGCCAUUCAGUUCCCUACCUAUGAGAUGAUCAAAAUCUACUUGGCCAAGAAAGGUGAUAAAUCAAUCGAUAAUCUGAGUGCUCGUGAUGUAGCAAUUGCCUCUUCCAUUGCAAAGAUAUUUGCUUCCACAUUAACCUAUCCGCACGAGGUUGUGAGACGAGGCUUCAAGAGCAAGGACACCACAGUGAGAAACGUUACUCGGGGGGGAUGUGCAACGAAUCUGCUGAGAACAACUCCUGCUGCAGCUAUCACAUUCACUAGCUUCGAAAUGGUUCAUCGUUUCCUUGUCACUCGUUUGCCUUCUGAGCAAAGCUCUCUACUUUAA